CUGACAGGCUCUUUACUUUCUUCUGUGUUAUCUUGAAGAAGCGGCUUUGUUAUCACUUUUUGUGCGCUGCAUCAUAUUUUAUUUUUUGCUGCAGUUUUAUUCUCGCGAAUCAGCUAUCGCAUAAAGUAGGAAAAUGACAUUUUUGGAGUUAUUAUUUUUGCUUUUCAUCAGCUAUUACUUCAUUUACGUAACUUUUUGGAUAGUUCUAGAUUGCAAUCUAGGACUAUGGUAUAAGACACAUUUCGGAUUACCUGUUUCGGCGAUGCGUGGACAGGUUGUAUGGGUGACAGGUGCUUCGAGUGGUAUUGGAAGAGCUCUGGCGCUGGAGCUGGCUAAACAUGGAGUACGACUGGCGGUAUCCGCUAGACGGGCAGCAUUGCUGGAAUCAUUGAAAAAGGACUGUCUGGAGCGGUCGAAUGGAUUUUUGUCUGACCGUGAUGUUCUUGUAUUGCCUAUGGAUAUGUUGAAAGUUUCUAAUCACGAAUACUAUUUUGAAAGUGUGCUAAGUCACUUUGGACGUUUAGACGUCUUGGUCAAUAAUGCUGGUCGUUCCCAACGGGCAAAUUGGGAAGAGAUAAGUGUUCAAGUUGAUCGUGAUCUAUUUGAGUUAGAUGUCUUUUCUGUUGUAAAUCUUUCACGUAUUGUGGCGCGUUACUUUCUGCAGCAGGCUGGUGGGCAUGGGCAUAUUGCAGUAACAUCAAGUAUUGCUGGAUUCUGCCCGGUGCCAUUUUCAGCUACAUACUGUGCAGCAAAAGCAGCUAUCAAUGCAUAUUUAAAUACUCUUCGACUUGAGCAACGUAACAUUGAUGUCACCACAUUCUGUCCAGGCCCAGUAGCAACAGAAUUCCUUGCAGAGGCGUUCACAUCGGAGCCUGAGCAAAAAUAUGGACAGAGCACAGAGCACCAAAAAAGGAUGACUGCCGAGCGUUGUGGCCAGUUAUUUGCUGCUUCCAUUGUAAAUAAAUUAGACUUAGCAUGGUGUGGCCUAUUUCCGGUCAAUUUUUUGGCCUACGCAUCGCGCUAUCCAGGAUUAGCAAAUAUUAUUUUCAAAAUAUUAGGAAAAAACACUAUGAAUAAAAUUCGUGAAGGAAAGUUGUGAAUUGAAAAAUUAUUAUACAUACAUAUCGCACAUUUAAUAAUAUUACAAACUAUUUCAAAAUUUAAAUUUGGUAAAACGCUAUCAAAGUGUGGUUAUCUGUUAGACUGAACAUAUUCUACUUACCAAUCUUAUUAAUUGCGUAAUGAAAUCUCUAAAAACGUAAAUUUUGAGUUACAUCUCUAUAUUAUUAAACGUGCGAUAUGUAUGUAUAUGUAGAUUUCUACAUAUCGUCACCUGAAAUGCAAAAACCUUAACAAGUCGUCCUUGAUAUGAAAAAAGUCAUGAGUAAUAAUUUUUUUGAUUUAUUUUGGAACGAAUUCCACACAACGCCGAAACC